GGGGAAGACAGUGAGACGCAGAUAUACAUCAGUUUAAACAUUUCGGUGGAAAUGACAAAGUGAGGACAGCAAAGAAAACAAAUGCAAAGGAUUGGAUCCAGUCAUCAUUGAUAAUGGAAGGCCAAACUUCAAGAAAAUGUCUUCUUCAGAAGAAUAUUUUUAUUUUCCUUUUCUUGACUUUACUUGUUUUAUGGGUAAUUGUUUACAGUACUAACUUUACUGAUCACAUAACCUGCACAUUAGCAGAGGAGAAAGUCCCAGCCACCAAAACACUGAAACAUCCCACUGAGCCUCAAAACCAUACAGCUGUUUGCUCCUUCCAUUCUGUGUCACCUGCAGAUGCUCUUGAGUCAGAAUUUUUAAAGGACUACAUUGCCUGGCCUGAAACACCAUCCCUGCCAUCUUACUUUUCUCUGAAUGACACCAGCAAUGCAGCACACAGCACUUUCACAAUUCUCCCUCGUAAUGGAGGGGGAAGUUGGCAAGUAGGGGAUCAAAUGGAGGUUUUGAUAGAAUAGAAUGACUUCAAUGGUCACCACAAGAAGUCUGGUGGAGACGUCCUUUUUGCUCGACUGCACAACCCCACUGUUCAUGCAGGUGUGGUGGGGAAAGUGCUUGAUCAUCAUAAUGGUUCCUACACUGCUGUAUUCUCCUUACUUUGGGAAGGAAGUGCACAAGUUGAGGUGAUCCUGAUCCACUCCAGCGAGGCAGUGAAUGCUAUAGAAAGAGUCAAUUUGGAAUACCCUGGCAGAAUUUUUUUUCGAAGCGUUUUCCGCUCUGGCUCAGUCACUGAAACCACCACAUGUAAUGUAUGCCUUAUGGCACCGCCAGAGCAGCUAUGCAACUACACUGAUCUCAACACAGAUGAGCCCUGGUUCUGCUACAAGCCAAAGAAACUCAGAUGUGAGCACAGGGUCACUCACUCUUUUGGAGGUUUCGACAAUAAACCAAUAAAAAUGGAGAAAAGGCUGUUUCAAAUUGGUGUCAACAUGAAAGCAUCCAUUCGGUCAGCAGGAUCCUCAAAAAUCAAUAUUUUACCAAAGCUUAAAGUUUCCAAUGAAACAGUACCUGCUAAUGCAUCAGGAAAAAGUUUGUGGACCAGACCUGCUGGUUAUUACUACAAAGAUGCAUGGCAGGCUCUAGAUGGCACCAAGGUUCAUCAGUUCAACAAUGCCAAAGCCAUAACUCAGUGCCUGAAAGGAAAGGAGGUCCACAUGUAUGGAGACUCCACCAUCAGACAGUGGUUUGAAUAUUUAAUUGCAAAAGUACCAGAUCUUAAGAAGUUUGACCAGAAAAAACCUCCAAAAACAGGACCCUUUCUGGCCUUGGAUUAUACAAACAACAUCUUAGUGACAUGCCGCUCCCAUGGUCCUCCCCUCCGUUCUCCUCUGAUGCUUGUCAGUCAAUUACACUUAGUUGCCAAUGAACUGGACAGCGUGGAUGGAGGCAACAACACUGUUGUAAUAAUUGGUGUCUGGGCUCACUUCAGCACUUUUCCUGUUGAGGUCUACAUCCGACGUCUGCUGAGUAUAAGGAGAGCAGUCAUGCGGUUGUUGUCCAGAGCUCCAGGUACCCUGGUAAUCAUUAGGACUGCUAAUCCUAAAAGAAUUACAAUAGAGGAGUCAGUUACCACUGAUGAUUACUAUUUUUUACAGCGUGAUAAGAUACUCAGGACAAUAUUUAAAAAAGUCAAUGUCCGAUUGCUGGAUGCCUGGGAGAUGACCCAGGCCCACUACCUCCCACACGAUGUCCAUCCACCGCCUCCUAUAAUUAAGAACAUGAUCGAUGUUGUUUUGUCCUAUGUAUGCUUUCCCCAACCUCAAACUUAAAAUCAAAGAAAUGGAAAACUUUAUUAACUGGUUAUUAAGGUUAUUAGGGGGAGUGGCAGCCUAGUGGUUAGGGUAUAGGGCUUUGAAUCCCCCAAGGGGAUGGGUUAAAUGCAGAGAAUUAAUUUUCCUCUGGGAUUAUUAGAGUAUAUAAAAAAAUAUUUAAAAAAAACUAUUGGUGAUUAGUAACACUUCUGGCUUGACAUCACACAUAAAUCCUCCAACAGUCAGGAGAGAAUUAUUAACAAAAUCAGGAUAAGAUUGAAUGAAUUUAACACUGUGGCCACAUUCAAUGGAGAAUCUUUUAAAAUAAGAUGUCUGUAAGAUAUAGAAAAUAAAUGACAUACUGUAUUAAAAAGUAUACUAAAUCCUCAACA